UACGGUUCGGCCGUUUGGCACUAUGGUGGUAACUCCACCGUUCCAAAAAAACACGAAAGGAACAUAAAAAAUAAAAAAAGGGUGUAAGUUGUGCUUUGAAUUGUGUAACCCACCCAAUCGGAUAGCAUGGAAAAUAUCUUACCUUCUAUUGCUGCUUUUGGCAACCCUUUGUGGGAUGUUUGUAUUACUCUUCCGGAUAAUAGCGUGUUGUCACAGUUUGGCUUAGCAGACGACAGUAGUAAGGAGGUUACAGCGGCAGAGUAUGAAUCACUACUUAAAGCUGUACAGCGCUACCCAAAGGAAGGCUGCCCUGGUGGCGCAGCUCUCAAUACACUUCGUGUAUUUCAAUGGCUUAUGAAAAUACCUAAAUCCAGUUUAUUUCUUGGUGGUGUGGGAAAGGACAUCAUAGGCGAACAACUUGCACAUUUGGUUGACAACGCUGGUGUUUCUGGCAGGUUUAAAAUUCAUGAAAAUUUAUUGACUGGUUCAGCUAUAUGCCUCAUCCAUGGUGCUUCACGUACGCUACUUGCACACUUAGGAGCAGCAGAGGUCUAUCACCUACAGGACUUUACAGAAGAAGAUAGAAAUAAUGUAAAGAAAGUGAAUCUUGUAUACAUUGAAAACUUCUUUUUCAGUCAUAGUCCAUCUGUUGUGUGGGAUGUGGUGAAAUUGUGUGAGACACAUCAUAUUGCCAUUGCUUUCAACCUCAGUGGUUCAUAUUUGUUUGAAAAGAAUGGAGCAGAUAUAGUAUCACUGGUUAAGUGUGUUAAUGUUGUCAUUGGAAAUGAAAGUGAAUACUUAGCACUUGCAAAAUCAAUUGGCUGGAAUCAUAAUGAUGUUGUAGGAAUAGCUUCAAAAAUAGCAAAUAUUGGCAUACAACCAGCAUCCUCUUUAUCAAGCUCUGAUGGGAAGGCAAUAAGGGUAGAAAAUCUUGCUAAGUGGAAAAAAGUAGUUGCCAUAACAAGGGGCCAGAAGCCAGUCAUCUGUGCAAACCAGGAAAAUCCUGAGUUUGAAACUCCGGUUCUGCAGCCAAGAUUUGUGAAAGACACAACAGGAGCCGGGGAUGCAUUUGUUGCAGGGUUUUUGUUAGGAAUUCUGCAAAAUUUCACUUUACAAGAAUGUAUUCAAUAUGGUUGCUAUGCUUCAAAAGAAAUAAUACAACAGAUAGGCUGUAGUCCUCCAAAUUACAAUCCUCUUGGUAUAGAAGAGGUAAAAAUGGCAUUUGCUUCUUCAACAUAAAUACUGCUUUAAAAAAAAUUAAAAGUUGUAUUAAAAAAGAGGUACUUAAUUCUA